CUCAUAUGUCACUCACUCACUCACUGCCAUUGAACCAACCAUUAAUAUACAUACAUUACCCCCAAUCACCCGUUGUUGACAACUCCUCGUUUCUGCAACACAAAACACACCACCACUACCACUGUGUCUGUGUAUCGUGUGUCUCUACUCACUCACUCUGCAGCAACCAAUUCCACACGCGCAGAGCAAACAGACAAAACAGAAACCUUCACACACACAUAGAGAAAGCAAAAGCAACCACUAUAAAUCAAUGACCCAUCACACAACCCACACUCCCUUACCAUGACGGAACCGCCGCCGUCACCACCACCCUCAAUGUACCCCUCGCCAGACCACUCCUCCGCCACCAGCAUGUUCUGGGGUGAAUGGAGGAGCAUCAUCAACCGCCCAUCUCCGCCACCUCUUCCGCCGAUUCCCGACGAGGAAACAAUCGCCGAACUCAUCGCCGCAGAGACCCGCCACAUGCCGAGAAGCGAUUACUUCCAGCGAUGCUGCAACAACUCCGUCGAUAUCAACAAACGCUUGGACGCCAUCACGUGGAUCUUGAAGGUUCACGCUUUCUACGAGUUUCGGCCAGUGACGGCGAUUCUCUCUGUCAACUACCUUGACCGUUUUCUCUCACGCGCUUCUCUUCCGCGAUCGAGUUAUGGGUGGGUGUUUCAGCUGCUAUCAGUGGCGUGUUUAUCUCUUGCGGCGAAAAUGGAGGAGCCUCGAGUUCCGUUGUUGAUGGACUUGCAAUUGUUCGAACCCAGAUUCGUUUUCGAACCCAAAACGAUUCAGAAAAUGGAGGUUUGGAUCAUGGCUGAACUCAACUGGAGACUCCGUUCUGUUACCCCAUUCGAUUAUCUCGAUUAUUUCAUCGCCAAGCUUCCUUCCUCUUCCUCCUCCUCCUCCUCCGAUUCUAUCAACCGGUUCGUCUCCACCGCCUCCGAUCUCAUUAUCAGCACCACCCGUGUGGUGGAAUUCGCGAGGUUCGCACCGUCCACCGUGGCUGCCGCCGCCGUGCUCUGCUCAGCUGGUUACCGCCGUGAUGCUGUUUCCGAGUCGCUGCUGUGUUUUCACGACAGAGUAAACCAAGAAAUGGUGAGAUGCUGUCACCAACUAAUGGAGGAGUACAUGGUGGACACGUGUCUCGAAUCUAGGUACAAAGUGAGGAGACCAGAGCCGGCGCCGCCGUCUAGCCCAAUCGGCGUCCUGGACGCCGCUACAUGCGCCAGCUGCGACACUCGUUCCGAGACAAACUGCGGUGGUGGUGAGUCGAGUGAGGAGCCGGAACCUUUGCUCCCGAUGUACCCGACGAUGGUAGAUAAGCAAGGAAGUCCCCCAAGUUCCGUCCCAGUCAGUACCAUCAUACCAUAAUUAUUAUACUCUUAUAUUAUAUUCGUAUAAUUAAUGAGUCUCCUUUUCUUUUGUCAAGAGGGAAGAGGUUACUUGCUUUUUGGAUUCUAUAUUUUUAUUUAUAUCUUUGAUUAUCAGACCCAGGUCAAGAUUUUGGUACAGUCUUUCGUUCACAUAAAGGCAAACUCUAUUUUAUUUU